AUGGCCACCCUGACAAACUUGGACAAUCCUGCCCCCUCAUCCCGGGAACAACAAUGCAUGGCAGACAUCGACCCCCAAACAGGCUAUAUCACCAAUAUAGAUGAUAUACGUGCUGCAGAAUAUCCACAACUAAAAGAUACGACUUACCUCGACCACGCGGGCACCACAUUAUACACCAAGACGCUCAUUGAGAACUACUCGAGAGAGAUGACAUCUAAUUUGUUCGGAAAUCCACAUUCUGCAUCGGGGUCCUCGCAGCUCUCGUCGCGGCGAAUUGACGAUGCUCGUCUUUCAGUCCUCCGGUUUUUCAAUGCCGAUCCUGAUGAAUUCGAUGUCGUGUUUGUCGCGAAUGCGACCGCCGCAAUCAAGAUGGUGGGGUAUGCUUUUCGAGAUCACGAGGCCGGAUUCAGCUACUUUUACCAUUCUGAGGCGCAUACGAGUCUCGUGGGUGUGAGGGAGCUAGCUACUCGAGGCACGACUUGCUUCAGUAGUGACUCUGAAGUCGAAGCCUGGAUAGAUGGUCUUGAAGGUGGUGGUGAUCCCGCCGACAAACUAAGCCCGGUCUUGUUCGCAUACCCGGCGCAGUCGAACAUGACCGGUCGUCGCCUGCCGUUGGACUGGACUCAAAGAACAAGGUCUCAUCGAGAAUCUUCCGGGCAGGCUCUAUACACGCUCCUCGACGCCGCAGCGCUCGUCUCAACAUGCCCACUCGACUUAUCUGAACCCUCGACAUGCCCCGACUUCACAGCUCUGAGCUUCUACAAGAUCUUCGGCUUUCCCGACCUCGGUGCCUUGAUCGUGCGAAAAUCAUCAGGAGAUAUUCUCCGACGGCGGAAGUACUUCGGUGGAGGAACGGUUGAUUCCGUCGCAACGUUUGGCAAAGACACCUGGCAUGCAAAGAAAUCCGCGCUGCACAGUGCUCUCGAGGAUGGAACCGUGGCAUUUCACAGUAUCGUGGCUUUACAGUCCGCGUUGGACGUGCAUAAGAAGAUUUACGGAAGUAUGGCAAAGAUCUCUCGACAUGCCAAUCACUUGGCAUCGAUGCUGAGGGAGCAGUUACGCGAGCUGAGACACGCAAACGGGAGCCAGGUUUGCACCAUCUACACCGAAUCGGCAGCCGAAAGCUCGUCGCAAGGCCCCGUCAUCGCUUUCAACCUCAAAGACAGUCGAGGCAAAUACAUUUCAAUCUCGGAAGUUGAGAAAUUGGGUGUGGUGAAGGAUAUUCAGUUUCGGACAGGCGGUUUGUGCAAUCCCGGCGGGAUCGGAUCCCAUCUCGGCCUCUCGAGCGAGGAACUGCGCCGGAAUUAUGACGCCGGACAACGUUGUGGAGGUGAGAACGACAUCAUCCACGGCAAACCCACAGGUGCCAUCCGGUUGAGUUUCGGGGCAAUGAGCAGCGUGAAAGACGUUGCCACUUUCCUUGACUUUAUCAAAGGAUUUUACAUUGACUUACAUGUACCGCCGCAGGCGCUACAGCAGGCAAGAGUACAACAGUACAAUCAUCCGACCUGGGAAGGCUUCGUUGUUGAGAGCCUCUUGGUCUUUCCCAUCAAAAGUUGCGCAGCCUACAAAAUACCCAGUAAUGUGGCAUGGGAAGUUGGUGGCAAGGGACUCGCAUGGGAUCGAGAGUGGUGUCUCGUCCACGAAGGGACAGAUGUCGCGUUGAGCCAGAAGCGGUUUCCUCGAAUGGCGCUUAUUCGUCCAGAGAUCGAUUUGCAAGCACGCCUUCUGAGAGUCUCCUUCGCGCAAGGUGAUACAGGAGACCAAAGAAAGCUCGAAAUCAGUCUUGACUCGGCGCCCACAUGCACGGGGCUCGUCAAGCCAUGUGAAGCAUCGAUCAGCAAACCAGCAAAUGUCUGCGGCGAGGAUGUUGAAGUGCAAGUCUAUACGUCGGCUGAUGUGAGUGACUUUUUCACCAAAGCACUGGAAGUUCCAUGCACGCUUGCAAGGUUCCCGAUAGGAGGGACAGUGAGGCGGGCGAACGUCCGCGUGCCUGGUCAGCACGGAGGAAAACAGGCCACGGAAAUAGGCAAAUCCAUUGCCCUGUCAAACGAAAGCCCGAUUCUGCUUGUGUCACGCUCCAGCGUCAACCGACUCAACGAGCAAAUCAAACAAUCGGGUAGUGGCGGUGGUGGCAAAGCAGUCACGGCCGACUCCUUCCGCGGCAACAUCAUCAUCGCUCAAGAGCUGCAAGGAGGACAAAUGGAAAGCCCGUACGUCGAAGAUGACUGGGAAGGUCUCCGGAUAGGUGAAGACCCGAACAAUGUCUUCGAGGUUCUUGGGCCAUGCCAGCGAUGCCAGAUGGUCUGCGUGGACCAGAGCAAUGCGCAGCGGAGGCAAGAGCCUUUCACUACGCUAGCCAAGACGAGGCGGAGGGAAGGGCGAGUUUGGUUUGGCAUGCACAUGUGCUUGAGGUCCGGCGAGGACUUGGACCCGACACGCGAUUCCCCAUGUUUCCAACGAGCCAGCGUAAAAGUGGGAGAUAGGAUCACGCCAUUAGUAAGGAUGGACUGA